AUGUCCACUACGGAAAAAACAGACGCCGGAAGGAGUUCCCGUGCACGUAACUCUGAAAACAUUGUUCCUGGUAGUACUGGCCCGGAGGAUGCUGGUGCAAAACCUAAAACUAAACAACGUAAAGGGGCAAAAGCUGUAUCUUCAGGUUCUCAAAAAACAUCGAAAAGUGUUAAAGCAGGUCUUACUUUCCCGGUUGGUCGUAUGGGUCGUCUCUUAAAGAAGGGCAGAUAUGCUGACCGUGUGGGUGCGGGAGCUCCUGUUUAUCUUGCUGCUGUUAUAGAAUACUUGACCGCCGAAGUGCUCGAACUCGCUGGUAAUGCUGCCCGAGAUAACAAAAAACAAAGAAUUAUUCCUAGACAUUUACAGUUGGCCAUACGAAAUGAUGAAGAAUUAAACAUUUUGUUGAGGAACGUACACAUCGCCGAGGGUGGUGUCCUUCCGAACAUUCACAUUGAACUGCUUCCCAAGAAGAAGGGUGAGAAAAUUAAGACCGGUGGUCCUGUAACUCCAUCACCAAAGAAACCUACUAAAGGCGGCAAGACUCCAUCAUCAGCGGCUAAAGCUUAA